AUGGAGAAUAUAUCUGAAGUGAAUGAAUUCAUCCUCAUGGGAUUAACAGAUAAUCCAGACCUUCAGGUUCCUCUCUUCUCUAUGUUCACCCUUAUUUAUCUCAUCACACUAGUAGGAAACCUGGGGAUGGUAGCUCUGAUCUCCUGGGAUUCCCAACUCCACACUCCCAUGUACUUUUUCCUCAGUAACCUCUCUCUGGUAGACUUUGGGUAUUCCUCAGCUAUUACUCCCAAAGUGAUGGCUGGGCUCCUCACUGGGGACAAGGUCAUUUCCUAUUAUGGAUGUGCUGCACAAUGGUUCUUCUUUGGGGCCUUUGCUACAGCUGAAAGUUUCCUCUUGGCUUCCAUGUCCUAUGAUCGCCAUGCAGCUGUGUGUAAGCCCUUACAUUACACUACUACCAUGACUUCAACAGUGUGUGCAUCUCUGGCCAGUGGUGUCCACAUCUGUAGCUUUUUGGCCUCCUCUAUACUCACAGGAAACGUAUUUAGCCUUUCCUUUUGUAGUUCAAACAUAGUCCAUCACUUUUUCUGUGAUGUUCCGCCUCUCCUAGCUCUCUCUUGCUCUGAUACUCACAUCAUUGAGUUACUAGUAUAUAUCUUAGGGUCAUUCACUAUGUUUUUCCCAUUUCUUGUCAUCUUUACUUCUUAUUUGCUAAUCUUUAUCACUAUCUUGAAGAUGCAUUCUGCCGAAGGCCGCCAGAAAGCCUUCUCGACUUGUGCUUCCCAUCUCGUAGCAGUGUCUAUAUUUUACGGGACAAUCAUGUUCAUGUACUUUCAGCCUAGUUCAAACCACUCAAUGGACUCAGAUAAAAUUGCAUCAGUGUUCUACACCAUGGUCAUCCCCAUGUUGAAUCCUAUAGUCUAUAGUCUUAGGAAUAAAGAUGUCAAGAAUGCUUUUAAGAAAGCUGUGAGGGGACAAAGACUUCAAAAGAAUCAUUUUUCUUAG